AUGACUGGUCAAAAAAGUCAUAACUCUAUUCCGGAUGGCCUCAACGAAAUAGAGACGGCGGUCUAUCAAAAAAUCAUAGAUGCUGUCAGUACCUUGCGAAAACAGAACUUUUAUAUCCCGCACGUUGUUGUCAUCACAGAUGUCGGCAAAGAUUAUGAUGAUCUCGCGGCUAUGAUACUUUUGAAGGAACUUCAUCGUCUGGGUGCAAUAAAACUCGAAGGUUUUAUUGCAAACCUGCUACCGGAAGACGCAAGGGCACAUCUCGCACGUCAAUCUCUUGAUCUUCUCGGUCUUGAGGAUAUACCUGUUGGACAAGGUACCAGAGGCACCGAAAAGAACAUUUCCCCAGAUUUAUAUGAAUUCCCUGCAAGCGUCAUGGGAAAAAAACCUUAUCCAAAGCAACCUAGAGGUCUUGAACUUUUACAGCAGCUCAAGAAUAACGCCGAGAGAGACAAUUAUAAGUUAACGUUCUUGCUUAUAUCUUCUCUACGAGACGUUUCUGAGUUCGAAAGAUCAUUGCGGCCAAAGGAUUCCUCACAGCCACACCCCUUGAAGCAUGUGAUAGCCAAGGUUGUCCUACAAGGUAACUACAAACUCGAUCAAUCCACAGAUGACAGCAAAGAAACGACAAGUCACAGUACUCUCAAGGCUGACCAAGGAGCUGCCAACAAUGACUUUCAUUGGCCAUCAGCGCAAGAUUUCCAUUCAUUUCUAGAUCGAGAAGAAAUCUCUUCAGUGGUUUAUAGCAAGAUCGCAGCCUAUGGUACACCAUUAAGACCUACAAUAUUUUCAGAGAUGGCCGAAACUGGACAAACUUUGGGAAUCGCUUUGAGAGAUAUAGAAGCACCUCAGAACAUACUUUACUACAAAGGAGCAUGUAGGAUGAUCAAUGGGAAGCCCGCCCCGAUCAUGAAAGAUCGCGAUCAGCAAUGGUUCCUACUGAGAAGAACCACUUAUUUCGACACGAGAGAACGCGAAAUAAACCCCGAGCUGCUUCCAGAUCCAGAAAGUGAAGAAAUUGUGAAGUAUUGCAAAGUCAUAGUCUACGAUGUGCUAGCUGCUCUAGGUACAUGUCCUGAGGCUAUCUUGGAUGCAUUAGACGUUCUUGAAAGUCCCAAUUAUGAUAGACAACCGGAUCAUAAUAAACUACAUCGUGUUGUAGGUGUUACUCCGAAAAUGAAUUCAGACACUGCUACUCAGGAGGAACUUGAUGCGGCGGCUCAGUUAAAAGAAGAUGAGGAGAACCCAUUCAAGUCUCCUGCAAGUACCAAUGCGGAGACCAUGAAGAAUGUGAUUGAGGCGCUUUUAAGAGGAGCGUUAUUGGAUUGUAAAGCUAAAGGUAUCGGACAAGCAAAGGUUGAGGAUUGGCUCUAA